AUGUGGUCAACAACUUCAACAACACAGGAGGAGACCUCCACCCAGGCAAAGAGGUUUGCCUGUGAUCGAUGCCACGACCAGAAGCUUCGAUGUACGAGACCUCAAGAGAACGAGCCAUGUGUACGAUGUGCCAAGGCAGGUGUGGUUUGCAAUGUCAGUGCUGCACAACGGACGGGACGACCCAGGAAAUCCUCAGGACCUCGACAUGGAGGAUCUGAGAAGGGGAGGAAGAGUCCACCAACACAAUAUACAAAUGAGAUUGUUCCAGAUGGAGGGGCUUCAGACAAUGGCAGUAGUAAGGGAUCAGAAUUGGUUCGAGCUCAGAGCUCCGAGUCAAGACAACUCUCGAUUUCGCCCUCACUUCGACAGACCCCAGAUUUCUCGACACACAUGGCCGGCUGGGACACAUUUGCUUCUAGUUCAGGCUCCUCGAUCUCCUCAUUGUCAAUUGCCCCUCCUGAGUACAGCCAGCCCAUAUCAACAGAAGACUAUGCCGACCUCCUAGACUGCAUAACCGAUCAAUCAUAUUUCGACAGUAUGGACAUUUCAGAAUUCCCUGAUUGUAUGCAACUCGAUCCGACCGACUUCUUACAGAACAGCUUAGCUGACCUCGACGGAAUAGCUACAUAUCUACCCAAUAUGCAGGCGGAACCCAACCCAAAGAAGAGGAAAUCGAACGGCCACGGCGCCCCCUACUACACCAAUCAAAUGUCCCUUUCACCACCCAUUCUCGACGCUCAAGCUUCAGCUCGGAUAUCUUCGUUCCAAGAGAUGGACAUGCCAAUCAUGACCCCUGGCUUCAAUUCGUCUGAUAUUGGGACACCAGACUUGGGUAUGAUUCAUCAGAGUGAACAAGGCCAUGUCCAGACCUUGGCAAAGCUUCAAUCUGAGAUCGAUGUCUGCUCUGAGAGAAUCAUGCAACAGGCAAGAAGGAUGCACACCCCAUCAAGCUCCUACACGACCGAGAGUCAAAAGUUGUCAGAAGCAUUGGGUGUCCUCCUCUCUACAGCUGAGCGAUUCAUCGAACUCAUCUCAUGUAUCUGCCGUACAUUCGACACCAUCACAACCAGCACAUCCACCACAUCCAGUCGAACCGCCUCCCCAUCCGGGUCUCCCUGGAACUCGCCCUUCACUCCACCCGCACAAAUGGAGCUCCAACAAAGCUACUUCAGCAACAAAAUGUACACCAGCAACAACACCACCCCCGGCAGCUUAGACCCGAAUCUCCUGACAGGAAACCGCCAACUCAGCACCUCGACCUUUUACACCAUGCUCAAAUGCCACGUUCGCCUCCUCUCCGCCUACGACACCACCCUGGACACCAUGUCCUCCCGACUCCUCGAGCUCGAGAACCUCGACGCCGUGCAAUCCCUCACCAGCGCCCUCUCCAUCGGCUCCUUCGUCGUGCCCUACGGCGCCAUCAUCGAGACCCUGCUACACCUCCAGGUCAUCUCCCACCAGCUCGACCGCCUCAAGACCGCUUUACACGGAAACUUGCUGAAGAUCCAACCCCAGCGCAGCGGACCCAUCCCCAACACCCGCUCGCUGCCCGCGAGGCUGGGCUUGUGCAAGCAGGGCCAGAACCGCUCGCCAUCCGUCUCGAUGGUGGAUUUCAAACUCGAAGAGAUCCAGGAGCGGGAGCGGGCUUUGCAGACUAAAUUACUGCGCAUCGAGGCCCUGGCCGAGAGCUCGAAGCAGGGCCAGAUUGAUGGGGGGAGCUUCCAACAGUGGAUGUGA